AGGAAAUUGAAAAUAGAUGGUCUCAAACCCUGCCAAGUGUAAACCCUGCUACAGAGAAUCUCAGAGUUGCUAGCAGAUUCAACAGUCAAUUCUUCCUCAUUGCCGCUGCCAUUGCAGUCUCUACUUCUUUACGUUUGUUUCUUGCUUAAUCAUUCCCUCUCCCUUUCUCCCUCGCACCCUUUCCGCCCGCCCUUGUAUUCCUGUGAUUUUCUGUACUUCCGUCAAUCGGUGUUUUCCAAUGGCGGCGACGGUGAACCUGCCAAGGGGGGUACCUGCUUUCAAUUCUCAAGCUGGUUGCCUGUCCUCUGCCAAAAAGAUCAGCGAGUUUUUCUUUCAGUGCAGACUGAGGAGGACCAGUCAAAGAGUUGACCUUUAUAGGUCUACCAAGAUCAGCAAUAGCUGCAGCAGCUACGGGAACAGGGAAUCUAAUGCCAUGGCUGCUGCGUUUUCGCCGAAUGGCGUGGCACUCCCGUCUACUGAUGAUGGUCUGAUGCUGACACGGAUUAAUGUAAAUGCUCAAAGAAAAACAAAGAUAGUCUGUACAAUUGGUCCUUCCACCAGCUCGCGUGAUAUGAUCUGGAAACUGGCAGAAGCUGGAAUGAAUGUGGCACGUUUGAAUAUGUCUCAUGGAGAUCAUGCAUCACACCAGAAAACCAUAGAUCUCGUCAAAGAAUACAAUGCACAAUUUCAGGAGAAAGUUGUUGCCAUAAUGUUAGAUACCAAGGGUCCUGAGGUUAGGAGUGGAGAUGUGCCACAGCCGAUCCUUCUCAAGGAGGGACAAGAGUUCAAUUUUACCAUUAAAAGAGGAGUUAGUACUGCUGAUACUGUUAGUGUUAAUUAUGAUGACUUCAUAAAUGAUGUUGAAGUUGGUGACAUUCUACUGGUUGAUGGUGGAAUGAUGUCAUUAGCUGUGAAAUCAAAGACAAAUGAUGUGGUAAAAUGCGAAGUAAUUGAUGGCGGAGAACUGAAAUCAAGGCGACAUUUAAAUGUGCGGGGGAAAAGUGCAACUCUGCCUUCAAUAACAGACAAAGACUGGGAAGAUAUUAAAUUUGGCGUGGAUAACCAAGUCGAUUUCUAUGCUGUUUCUUUUGUGAAGGAUGCUAAAGUGGUUCAUGAAUUGAAAGAUUAUCUCAAGAGGUGCAAUGCCGAUAUUCAUGUGAUUGUAAAGAUUGAAAGUGCUGAUUCAAUCCCAAAUCUUCAGUCUAUCAUCUCUGCAUCUGAUGGGGCAAUGGUAGCUCGUGGUGAUCUUGGAGCUGAACUCCCAAUUGAGGAGGUUCCUUUGUUACAGGAAGACAUUAUAAGAAGGUGCAGAAGUAUGCAAAAACCAGUUAUUGUAGCUACAAACAUGCUAGAGAGUAUGAUUAAUCACCCAACUCCAACAAGGGCUGAAGUGUCCGACAUUGCGAUUGCAGUACGAGAAGGUGCUGAUGCAAUAAUGCUUUCAGGAGAAACAGCCCAUGGGAAAUUCCCAUUGAAGGCUGUUAAAGUGAUGCAUGCGGUGGCAUUGAGGACUGAGUCAAACCUACCAAUCAUCAUAAGCUCACCACCAGGUCAAUUUGCAGCCUACAAGAGCCAUAUGGGUGAUAUGUUUGCGCUCCAUGCCACCAUAAUGGCCAACACUCUGUCAACUCCCAUUAUAGUCUUCACAAGAACAGGUUCCAUGGCCAUAACUUUGAGUCAUUACCGGCCAUCCUCAACAAUAUUUGCUUUCACUAAUGUAGAAAGGGUGAAGCAGCGUCUGAUCCUUUAUCAUGGAGUAAUGCCUAUAUAUAUGAAGUUUACAGAUGACGUGGAGGAGACUUUUUCACAAGCUUUGAAGCUUUUAUUGUGUAAGGGUCUGGUGACAGAAGGGCAGUAUGUCACUCUAGUCCAAAGUGGAGCACAGCCCAUCUGGCGUCGAGAAUCUACUCACCAUAUUCAGGUUCGCAAAGUGCAGAGCUGAUUGAUGUACUAGUAAAGCUUGUUGUGUACAGAAAAAUAAUUGCAUAAUUUUAUGACUCGAACUCAAACUGAAAUAAGUAAAUAGAAUUUACAUUUUCUUUUAAUAGUAAGAUAAUCUGGACCUAGUUUCAGGGGUUUGACAUGGACUGCAAUUAGUUCUGGAUUAAUGUUGGGUACAGUUGAGAGAGGGGACUUAGUGACUUACAGAUUAGAACUUCAAGAAGGCUAAAGAGUUCACAUUUAAGCCAUUUGGUUAGUUCGAAUAGAAUAAUGAAAUCAAAUGGAAAACCUUUUACA